AUGCCACCUGCACUAUUUUUCGAAGGGUACUGGUUUCACACAAACCUAACAAGCAUGAUAUUUUACGUAUUCAUCUCGCUGUUUACUAUCUUUGGAAAUGUUCUGGUUUGCGCGGCAUUCAUCAAAGAUCCAUAUCGCCAGCUGAGAACUUGGCAGAAUUAUUACAUCAUUAGCUUGGGAAUUUCAGAUCUUUUAAUGGGUCUCGCCGCCGAAACUGUGCUUAUUGCAACUUACUGGGACAAAGGCGAAGAGGUUUUUCGCACGCAUUAUUACUUCGCCAUAAUUUCAGGCGUUUCAUCGUUAUUAAACAUGGCAGCGCUUUCUAUCCAUCGCUACUUUGCAGUGAAGAUGCCGCUUAAUUUCCAAGAAGUAAUGACACGGAAACGAAUACUUGCGUCCAUAGCGAUAUUAUGGGUUUACGCGAUUCACUUUGCGGUUUUACCAAUGGCGGGCUUUGUAGACCCUAGCUAUCAGGUUUAUCUGUAUACCUUAGGUUGUUUUUUACCAAGUAUUGUUAUUGUUAUGGCUUACGGAGGGAUCUUCAAAUCAAUUCGCGAGCACACAAAAUCGCUAAUGAGCGGUCCAGCAAUGGGAAACAGAGUCCUAAAGAACGCUAUGGCCAGAGAAAGAUCCACAACAAAGACAAUGCUAAUAGUUUUAGUUGUAUUCUUCUCUUUCUGGUUCCCAUUUUUGCUCGUGGAUUUGAUUAUGGUCCAGUGUGUAAGAUGUAGAACUUUUUCCUUCCACGUUGCUCGUGACGUCACUCUUACGUUUACCUACUUCAGCUCGUGUGUGAAUCCUCUUCUUUACGCAUGGCGUGUAUCGCAGUUCCGCAGGGUAUUUAUUCGGUUACUUGGAUUACGGAAAAUAAUAUCAAAACGAAAUAAUGCGGUUCAUCCAUUUGAUAUGACUACUCUUCGCUGGCGAAAUGAUCAUGAGGAUAUCAACACUUGUUACAGUAGCUAA